AUGUCGGAAUCUUCUUCGUCGCCAUCUCCUACCGAAGAGAUUGUUCGAUUGAUCAAACGAUUGAGCGCUUACGUCACUUUCAAGAUGUCUAGCCUCUUCUCUACAUCUAUUCCCAAUCUGGAUUCAAGAUCUAUUGGUGCUAUUGCGGGGCUUGCAAUUGCUGUGAUAUUCACAUGGAGAGCGAUAAGAACUCCACCAGGGGAGCCUCGAAGAAGGCAGCCGAAACGUAGGAUGCAAUCAGCUGAAACUUCUGCUUCUGCUCAGUCAAAUGUAGCUUCGACCCUUUCUGAUGGUUCUUUGUCUCAUGAGGAUAACGGAGUGCAAGAUGUCGUUGAUCAGUUUUUUCAGCCUGUGAAACCUACACUGGGGCAGAUAGUUAGGCAGAAGCUUAGUGAAGGAAGGAAGGUAACAUGCCGUCUUCUUGGAGUCAUUCUAGAGGAAUCAAGUCCAGAAGAACUCCAAAAACAAGCAACAGUGAGGUCAUCUGUUUUGGAAGUUCUCCUAGAGAUUACAAAGUAUUCUGAUUUAUAUCUCAUGGAAAGAGUUCUUGACGACGAAAGCGAAGUAAGCAACAACUUCCUUUUAUAUUCAGUGUUCCUGUUCAGAGUUCAUUCUUGUGUGCAUUCUUGUAUUUUUGAACAGGCCAGAGUUCUACAGGCUCUAGAGACUGCAGGUGUGUUCACCUCUGGUGGUUUGGUGAAAGAUAAGGUCUUGUUUUGUAGUACAGAGAUCGGAAGAACUUCCUUUGUUAGACAACUAGAACCUGACUGGCAUAUUGAUACAAACCCAGAGAUCAGCACACAACUUGCUAGGUUCAUCAAAUAUCAGCUUCACGUCUCUGCGUCGAAACCAGAGCGAACUGCUCCCAAUGUGUUCACCUCUCAGUCAAUAGAGCAGUUCUUUGGGUGUGCUUAA